CGUUUUGUCUAAGUGCUUUCUAUUCAUCUAUAUUACGUUUAGAUAUGCUGUUGCAUCUAAUUCAACACUUCAAUUCAUUAACGUCGUAAGGAAAUAAUAUAAAGUCUUUCGUCAUGGGGACAGAACACCUUCUCCACCAUAUGAAAUGUAUCCCAACGAUCCUUACAAUAAUUAUACAUUUGAUCCACCUAAUUAUGGACAAUUGACAAAAAUUGGUGAAAGAAAAGUUUCUGAAUUUGGUAGGUUUCUACGCGACAAGUAUUGUGAAUUUUUAGAUAUUGACCAAGUACCAGAUACUAUUGAAGCUCGAAGUACAGAUCUUAAUCGAACAAAAGCAUCUUUAAACUUACUUCUACAAGCUUUAUAUCCAGGAAAUAUUAUUAAAACAACUUAUCAGCCGUUACAAAGUGACACACUACUGUUCCCCUUAUUUUGCAAACUUUUUAGUGAAAAAUAUUCACAAGUGAAAAACAUGGCAGAAGUCAAGAGAAUAGAAGAAGACUUUAAUGAUUUAAAAAUACAACUAUCGCUUUGGACCGGAAAAGAAAUUAAAUCCUUACAGGAUGUAAAUCUCAUUUGGGUAACUUUGGAAACAGAAAAAUCUAUGGGUUUAGAAUUACCCGAGUGGAGUAAAAAUAUUUAUCCCAACAUUUUAACUGCUGUCAUUGCUUAUUAUAAAAUUAUGAAUUACAACGUGGAACUCCGAAGGCUAAAUGGAGGAAUGCUUGUUCGAAAAGUUACGGAUGAUAUGAACGCAGUGAGAAAUAGUACAAUGGACAAAAAUCGAAAAUUAAUGUUAUACAGUGCACAUGAUUUUAACGUUGUCGCCGUUUUAAGUGCUUUAAACGUUUAUUAUCCACAUGCACCCAAAUUCUCUUCAGCAGUGAUAAUGGAACUUCAUCUCAUACAUAAUAUUUACUACGUAAAGAUUCUAUACUAUCUGGGUGAACGAGAUAAACUUGAAGUAUUACAAAUUCCAGGAUGUAAUGAACUGUGCCCAUUCGAUCAGUACAAAAAUUUAAUAAACACGGUUAUUCCUUCUGAUUUUGAAUGGAAUUGCGGAAAAAUUUAAAGUUACAUUUUUCCCAGUAUGAUUAAAAAGCUCAAAGUUAAAC